GAUAAGACACCCCAUUUUGCUAGCUCAUCUUCUUGCUCAAAAGUUCCAAGUACGUGACAAUUAAUCAUGUGCCAACCUAUGACAAGUCGUCAUCAUCUCGCAAGAAAUGACAAGCUUGCACUGUUCCGGCCUUCACUUCAAGCAACAAAAAAAGCCGUACAGGACACCAGCUGUUUGUGGAAAUGCCUCAACCAAGUCUAACUAUCCAAGGUUGCAAGACGAGAAUGCUUACAAAUAAGACGGGAUUGGUUCAAAUAUCACCAAGUGGAAUUGGUUAAAGAAAGGGAAUUAUCAAUAAAAAAAGGUACAAUGUGCGUACUAUUUCGAGUUCGUUAUGCAAAAUUAAUGUUCAUGGUUCGAGGAUCGUUGAGGCUGCUAACAAUCAAGGAUCCAUUUUCCAUCGUGGAGAGAUUUUAAGGCUCAGUUGCUGUAGUAUCAGCUGAACAGUUAUUUGCAACCCCAGAAUGAAUUCAAAAUCUGUGGAGCUAGAGAUAGAAGAAUUUGAGACAAUGACUACCAAUGCUGACAUUGUUCAGAGAGAAACACUUCAAAAGAUUCUCGAACAAAAUGGCCAAGCAGAAUACCUACAGGCUUCAGGCCUCAGAGGGAGAACUGAUCCUGAAAGCUUUAAAGCCUGUAUUCCUCUUGUCACUCAUGAGGAUCUGGAACCUUAUUUACAGAGAAUCGUGGACGGUGAUGAUUCACCAAUUCUAACAGGGAGGCCGGUUACAGCAUUGUCCUUGAGUUCUGGUACGACACAUGGAAAAUCGAAGCUUAUUCCCUUCAACGAGGAAAUGUUGCGGUCCACGAUGCAGAUCUAUCGCACAUCGUUUGCUUUCAUAAAUAGAGAAUACCCCGUGAAUGAUGGAAAAGCUCUACAAUUCAUAUACGCAAGCAAACAAUCCAUAACUAAAGGGGGUCUAAUUGCAACGACAGGCACAACUAACAUAUACCGAAGCCGACAGUUCAAGAACACAAUGCAGGACAUCCAUUCUCAAUGCUGUAGCCCAGACGAAGUCAUUUUCUGUGUAGACUACAACCAGUCAGUGUACUGUCAUCUCUUGUGCGGGUUAAUUUACUCCCAAGAGGUGCAGAUAAUUUCUUCUGCAUUUGCCUUCAGCAUUGUUCAUGCAUUGAGAACAUUUGAACAGGUUUGGGAAGAAAUCUGUGCCGAUAUCAGAGAAGGGAUUCUCUCAAAUAAAAUUACAAUUCCUUCACUCAGAGAAGCUGUUUCUAAAAUUUUGACUCCUAAUCGAAAUUUGGCUGAUACAAUAUAUAGGAAAUGCAUGAGUUUAAGCAAUUGGUGCAAUAUGAUUCCAGAGCUCUGGCCUAAUGCAAAGUAUGUGUAUGGAAUUAUGACGGGAUCAAUGGAGCCUUACGCAAGGAAAUUGCAACGUUAUGCUGGAAGUCUGCCAGUGCUGAGUGCUUAUUAUGGGGCUUCGGAAGGAUGGAUUGGUGCUAAUGUGAAUCCAAGAUUAAAACUGGAGUCUGUGGCCUAUGCGGUUUUUCCUAAUAUCAGUUAUUUUGAAUUCCUUCCUCGUAGGGAGAAUCGCAAUGAGCAGGAAUUGGAUAAUGUCGACUCUAAAUUUCAUAGAGAACUGGACCCUGUUGGGCUGACAGAAGUUGAGAUUGGUUGUUUGUAUGAAGUUAUCAUCACCAAUUUUGCAGGUUUAUAUCGAUACAAACUGGGCGAUAUCGUCAAGGUUGUGAGUUUCCACAACUCAACACCCGAGCUACAGUUUAUAUGCAGAAGAAACAAUCUUCUAAGCAUCAACAUUGACAAAAACACAGAGAAUGACAUACAAAUGGCAAUAAAUGAGGCCUCCCGUCUCUUAGCUCUACACAAGCUUGAGAUAGUUGAUUUCACAACCCAUGCUGACUCAUCCUCUGACCCUGGUCACUAUGUCAUCUUCUUGGAGUUGAGCAGUGAUGCUAGUGAGGAUGUUUUGAAUAGUUGCAGCAGUUGUUUGGACCUUGCAUUUGUGGAAAGAGCCUAUGUGUUGUCAAGGAGGAAUAAUAUAGUAGGGCCUCUUGAGUUACGGGUGGUUUGCAGGGGAACCUUCCAUAAGAUUCUGGAGUACUAUGCUGAUAUUGGGACUACGAUGAGCCAGUUCAAGAUGCCUCGUUGUGUAGGCUCCUCGAAUGACAAGUUAUUGAAGAUUUUGUGCAGAAAUGUUGUCAGGAGCUACUUUAGCACCGCAUAUGGUUAAAGGAUAGUGGUACUUUUUUUCCCAGGACUUUCAGUUAUGAUUGAAAUUAGAAAUCAGAAGUUUUUUGGGGCUUGAUCUCAGUAAGGGUCUUAUGUCGAUAUCUGUAUUGUGGCAUAUUGUUGUUGUAAGAGUAUGCAAAAAGAAAAUUGUGGAUCUAAUCUUCUGCUUAUAUAUGUACCUAUCUGUUGAA